AUGGAACUGGAGCUCCAGCGAUUUCUGACGGCGCUGCCUACGUGUAAUGCGCAGGAUGAUCUUACCCCCCUAGAAGAUGACUGCAAACUCCUUGGAAGUUUGCUGGAUGAAUGUUUACGCGUGGAGGUCGGCGAGGGACUCUUCAAGAAGAUCGAGCGCAUCCGCACUCUGGCACAGUGCGCCUCCACGCUCUCGCUCAAGGGAGAUGCGGUUGCCUCCUCCAUGAUAUCCCAGCGGCUGGCUGACGAGCUGAUGACGUUGGAGAUGGAGGAGGCGGUGCCCCUCACUCGCGCAUGUGGACACUACCUCAACCUGAGUGGGAUUGCGGAGCUGCACCACGGUGUUCGUCGGGACCGCUCUCAGCGCGAGCCUAACGUCAACAGCUGCGAGAACGUGUUCUCCCGCCUCAUCACGGAAGGGGUCGAUGCGGAGGACCUGUACCGGGCGGUUUCGGAGCAACAGGUGGAGAUCGUACUGACGGCACAUCCCACGCAAGUCAACCGCCGUACACUGCAGUACAAACACACACGCAUCGCGGCGCUGCUGCAGCAGCACGACAGAUCCGACCUGACUUCGGAGGAGCGUCGGAACAUUGUUUCGGAGCUGCAGAGGGAGGUGGCGGCGCUGUGGCAGACUGACGAACUGCGGCGGCAAAAGCCCACACCCCUGGAUGAGGCCCGAGGUGGGCUGCACAUCGUGGAGCAGUCUCUGUGGGCUGCCGUACCGCAGUACAUGCGGCGGCUUAGUGCGGCUCUGAAGAAGUACACCGGACACGACCUGCCGCUGCAGGCGACGCCCUUCAAGUUCGGCAGUUGGAUGGGCGGAGACCGGGACGGCAACCCCAACGUAACCGCCACCGUUACGGCGCACGUCACCGCACUGGCCCGCUGGAUGGCGGCGGACCUGUACCUGAGGGAAAUCGACACGCUGAGGUUUGAGCUGUCGAUGAGUCAGUGCAGCGCUGCCGUCUGGCGCAUGGCUCGACGGAUUGUUUCCGACAGCAACUCCAGGAAGGCCGGACCCAUCUCGUCCCACACUGCGGCGGAGGUUUCCGUACCGCACGACCUGCCGGGCCAGGUACGUGUCGUAACAUGUCGUAAAUACACUCGUUUCUCCCAUCCUGAGGUUAUGUACUGUUCGUUCGUCGUACAACCACCACAGUACGGCAGCGGGAGAUUAACAUUUUGCUGUUCUGCAUCGCUCCUGUUGACUUUUUUACAUUUCCGCAUUGACCUUGACUCAAAACGUCCAUUCUCUACUACUCGGCCGGCGGCGCGCGCGCAGAGCUGUCUGGAUCCAACAUUGAUGCGCCGUACAUUGAUGGCGCAGCGGACUGGCACGGCGCCCGUACAGUUUGCCCGGGCACACGAGCACCCCGGUUUUCACCCGUACCGCAUCGUCCUCGGACACGUUCGUGACCGUUUGGCCGCCACCCGGCGGCGCAUGGAGGACCUUCUGAGCGGUCGGGAGCCGUCGGGCAGUACGGAUGGAGGGGCGCUGUGGUAUGAAGACGAGGACGAGCUUGCGGAGCCGCUCAUGGCGUGCUACUGGUGGGGGGGAUGGGGAGUUUGGGAGGGGAGGAAUUGUAUGAAUAAAUUGAAGCCGACUCGUACAUUUUCAGUCCUCCAGCCAAAAACGUCGAUUGGUGCCAGAUUGCUCCGUAGUGAGAGCACGCGUCACGCCGAAGCCCUGGAUGCCGUGACCACUUACCUUGGGUACGGGUCAUACUUGGAGUGGAGCGAGGACCAGAAGAUCGAGUGGCUGACUAAGGAGCUCCAGGGUCGUCGGCCCCUCAUUCCCUCCGACAUGCCCAUGAGCUCCGAAGUACGGGAAGUGCUAGACACGUUCAAGGUGGCUGCACGGCUGGGUCGCGGCAGUCUGGGUGCUUACGUCAUCUCCAUGACUAAGGGCGCCAGUGACGUCAUGGCGGUGGAGCUGCUGCAGAGGGAGGCGAGGAUGCAGGUGUGUGCGGAGCUGUCUCGUACACCGGACGAGAGCGCCUCGCUGCGAGUGGUGCCGCUGUUCGAAACGCUGGAGGAUUUGGAAGCCGCGGGGGACAUCGUAACCCGGCUGUUGACCAACCCCUGGUAUAGGGCCCACCUCGCCGCCGCCCACGACAACCACCAAGAGGUCAUGUUGGGUUACAGCGACAGCGGAAAGGACGCGGGGCGGCUGGCGGCAAACUGGGCCCUAUACAAGUGUCAGGAGCAGCUGGUAGCCUUGACCAAGGCCAACAAUGUACGACUGACGCUGUUCCACGGCCGUGGCGGAACCGUGGGUCGCGGUGGCGGCCCGACCCACAUCGCCAUUCAGAGCCAACCCCCUGGCAGCGUCGAGGGCUCCUUCCGUAUCACGGAGCAAGGCGAGAUGGUACAGGCCAAGUUCGGCAUCAGCGGCGUGGCCUUGAGUCAGCUGGAGACGUACACGACUGCCGUACUGCUGGCGACGCUGCGGCCGCCUAGUCCGCCGCGGCGGGAGGAGUGGCGGACGGUUAUGGAGAUGCUCAGUCGGGCCUCCUGCGAGAGCUACCGUAAUGUCGUACAUCACAAUCCGGUGUUUAUUCAGUAUUUCAAACAUGCGACGCCGGAGGAGGAGCUGGGCAACCUCAAUAUCGGCUCCCGCCCCGCCCGGCGGCGCCAGGAGCCCUCCAUCGCCACCCUCCGCGCCAUUCCCUGGAUCUUCGCCUGGACCCAGAACCGCCUCAUCUUGCCCUCUUGGCUGGGCAUUGGCGCCUCGCUGAUGAUGGCCAUACAACAGGGUCACCUUCCCACGCUGCAAGCUAUGUACCGCGAAUGGCCGUUCUUCGGCUCCACCGUUGACCUCAUAGAGAUGAUUCUGGCCAAGACCGAGCCGCGCAUCGCGGCGCUGUACGACAGCGUGUUGGUUGAGGAUUCGGAGCAGAAGCGGUUGGGGGCGGAGCUUCGGGAGCGGUUGGCGCGGUGCCAGAUGGCCAUACUCAAGGUGACGGGUCACGAGAGGCUUUUGGACAACAACCCCACUCUUCGCAAGCUCAUCAACAUGCGGACGCCGUACAUCGACCCCAUUAACAUCUUGCAGGUGGAGGUGCUCCGGCGGCUGCGGAAGAACCCUCUCAACCAGCGGCUCCGAGACGCGCUGCUCAUCUCCAUCAACGGCAUCGCCGCCGGCAUGCGCAACACCGGCUAA